AGACGCUGCCGGAGCAGGGCCCUCUCAGGCGCGGGGCCCAAUUCGGGCGGCCCUGCUUAUAAACAUAACUGGAAGCUGCUUCAUGCAAAAGAGCCUUGAGUAUGACCAGAAAGAUCUUCACCAACACCAGGGAGCGGUGGAGGCAGCAAAAUGUCAACAGCGCCUUUGCCAAGCUGAGGAAGCUCAUCCCCACCCAUCCCCCAGACAAAAAACUGAGUAAGAACGAGACACUCCGCUUGGCCAUGAGGUACAUCAACUUCCUCGUCACGGUCCUGGGGGAGCAGGGCCUGCCGCAGACAGGAGUGGCUGCCCGGGGCAGUAUACUGGGGCUGUUCCAACAGCAGGAACUGACUCUGAUUGAAGACUGUGGAGUCCCUUCUCCGGGCACAAGCAGCAAUAUCCCAGAGUGCUGGUCAGAGACGUCGUCUCCCUAGCAGGCAAUGAGUG